CACCUUUUCUCUCUCUAGAACUUCCCCUACUCCGGCAUCUUUUGCGCCCCGUGAGCUCGCACUUGCAAGCGCAAGGAGAGCGGUCGGCAGAUUGAGUGAGUGAUAAAGGGUCGCUUUCGCUGUCGCUCGCUGGUCAAAGCCCGGGUUCAAAUUUGCAAUCUUUGGUUCUUCGAUGAAGCCUUCGACGCGGCUAGAUUCGGCUGUCUUUCAGCUCACGCCUACUCGAACCAGGUGCGACUUGGUUAUAGUUGCAAAUGGGAAGAGUGUGAAAAUAGCUUCUGGUUUGCUUAGCCCUUUUCUUGCCCAUCUGAAGGCUGCACAAGAACAGGUGGCUAGAGGGGGUUACUCAAUUAUUCUUGAGCCGGAGCCUGACAGUGACGCAACAUGGUUCACUAAGGGAACAGUGGAAAGGUUUGUACGAUUUGUGAGCACACCAGAAAUCCUGGAAAGAGUAUAUACUCUAGAAUCUGAGAUCCUGCAAAUUGAGGAGGCAAUUGCGAUUCAAAGUAACAAUGACGGAGGAUUACAAAGUGUGGAAGACCAUGAAGGGAAACCUGCAGAGUCUGUGGAAGGCGGCAAUCCCUUGCUUGAGGGUAGUGAGGAUAAAGCUAUUGUUAUUUACACGCCUAGUGCACAGCCUUCUAAAGCAAGUGGAUCCACCUCACAAGAAGGAAAUUCAAAAGUUCAGCUUCUGAAAGUUUUGGAGACACGAAAAAGUGUCCUUCAAAAGGAGCAAGGAAUGGCCUUUGCCAGAGCUGUUGCUGCCGGUUUCGAAAUAGAUAACUUGGAAACGUUGAUGUCCUUUGCGGAAUGCUUUGGAGCAUCUCGAUUGAUGGAUGCAUGCACUAAAUUUAUAGAGCUGUGGAAGAGAAAACAUGAGAGCGGUCAAUGGCUUGAAAUAGAAGCAGCUGAGGCCUUGUCCAGCCAAUCAGAUUUUGCUGCCAUGAGUGCAUCAGGCAUUGUGCUAUCUGAUGUCUCCAACAAGCAAAAGGAGGCAUGGACUGACUCUCGCAAUGCACCAGCAUCAGAAUUUAAUGGUCAUCCAAGUACUUCUCCAAGUGGAGAUGGGAAGCCUCCGAUAAAUCAUCAAGCACCUCACGGUGGCCAUGAAUAUUUCCCAGCUCAAUUUCCAAAUGCUAUGUUCCCGCCAUGGCCAAUGCAUUCUCCACCUGGCGCACCACCUGUGUAUCAACCUUAUCCAAUGCAGCCCAUGCCUUACUAUCAGAACUAUCCAGCAAACGGUCCCUUCUUCCAACCAGCUUAUGUACCAGUUCAGGAUCCUCGAUCAAGUAAUGGUCGAAAACCACAUCGCAGAAGGCAUUCUGUUGAGAGCGGUGAACCAUAUUCUGAAUCAGAAGCUUCAGAGGAGGAUCACUCCCCAGAACUAGUUGAGUCGGAGAAGGAGGCUUCGGCACUCCGAAAGAAGACCGGUCGAUCAAGUAAGAAGCAAUCAGGCACGGUUGUAAUUCGGAACAUCAAUUACAUCACUCCGAAGAGACGGAACUCUUCCAAUGGUGAGUCAUAUUCUGCUUCUGAUUCCGAAAAUGAAGAGGACAAUGGAGAAAUUGAGGCUAGCCAGAACCUGACCUGGUCGUCAAAAAGGAAAGAGAAGGAUGGAAGCUCUAUAAACAAUUUGAUUUCAUCUGAUAACAAUGAAGCACUUUAUGGGAAUGAAACUGAUGGUGGACACUGGCAAGCAUUCCAGAGUUUCUUGUUGAGAGACAAUGAUGAGGAAAAACGUGCUGCUGAUGAUGGUAUGUUUUCAAUGGAAAAGGAAGUAAGGUCAAGAAGGCGGCAGACUAUGAGGAAUGAUGAUCCUUUAGCUCUUGGAGGACGAUACAUGGAUCAAUCUCAAAGGGGGAGCUUGGCGGAUAUGCAAAAAAUGAGUGGAAAAUCAAACUUCAGUACUAGAGCGUCUGCUGAUGAAGCAAUGAUGUCUACUAAGGUCGGUCAAGGGAGUGAUGGUAGAAUGUCUCUUGAUGGCCAUUUAGAUGUCCAGUACACAGAAGUGAAUGGCAGAAGGGUUGCUUAUAGGAGGACCGAAAAUGAUGAUUUCAUGAUCCAUGGACGCGAAAACAUAAAUGUUGUUCGUCCCUCUGAUUUAGCUGAAGAUGAGAAUACAACCCAUAAUUCAAAUGCAAAGUGGCCGAGUACUGUGAAUGAUGAUUCCUACAUUGUUCCUUUGAGAUCUAUUCCUGUUAGUGGGAUUGAAGAUGCUGAACGAAAGGCUUUAGACAUUGAUUCUGAAUUCCCAUCUACCAGCCAGAGGACAGAAAAUGCAUCCAAGCCUAAUUAUGAGCCUGACUAUACAAGCUUGAUGCCAGAACGUGGGACAGAGAGAGCAUCGAUCGGUUAUGACCCCGCUCUAGAUUAUGAGAUGCAGGCUCAGAAACGAGAAAAUUCUAGCCAGGAUAAGAAUGAGAAGGAAGAACGUAAGCGGGCCUCUAAGAAGCCGGAUAAGGACCAGAAGUCUAAACUUACCCGAGAUGCGUUAGACAAGAAGAAGAAUGUUGGACCGAUAAGAAAAGGGAAGCCUUCAAAACUAAGUCCCUUGGAGGAAGCAAAAGCACGUGCCGAAAGACUAAGAUCCUAUAAAGCUGAUCUGCAGAAAAUGAAGAAGGAAAAGGAGGAGGAACAAGUAAAAAGGCUGGAGGCUUUGAAGCUAGAAAGACAAAAGAGGAUUGCUGCGAGGAGCAGUUCUAUUCCUGCACAGCCUGCUCUUCCAUCACCGCAAACAAGAAAACAACUACCAACAAAAACUUCCCCAAUCUCUCAUAAAGGGUCGAAGUUUAGUGAUGCAGAACCAGGUUCUUCCUCUCCUCUACAGAGGUCCUCUGUCAGGGCUCUCUCUGUCAAUUCCAGUGAAUCUCAGAAAACUUCGAAGACAACCAGAUUGAGUGCUGCCAGUAGCUCAGCUGGGAAUAGGCUAAGUCGCUCAGUUUCAUCGCUUCCUGCAGAAAUAAAAGAGAAUGCCAGUGUCACACCAGAGACAAAGGUUUCCAUGGCCAGAAUUAGAAGACUGUCAGAGCCUAGAACCAGCAGCCACAGUGUUUCUUCAGUGAAGCAGCGAAACACAGAAUUAACGAGACAAAAGGUGUCCGAUGGAACUGACAGCAAAAACUUAUCUGCAAUCAUCAGUCUUGAUAAAAGCAAGGCUGCUACUCUUCCAGAAUUAAAAAUAAGAACACCUAAAUCGGCUGAUAAUUGUGGAAGCAAAUCAGCCCCAAAGGAUGCAGCAGCUCAGGCAUCAAACAAGAACAAAUCAAUGUCUUCUAAAGGUGCUGAACUAAACAAUGGGCAUGACCCUUUUUCACAUCAGAGUGAGGGCGAUGACAACCCUAUUAUUGAAAAGACUGUCGUUAUGCUGGAACCUGAGAAGCCCGCCUCUACCAUGUUGCAAGCUUCACAAGAAAAAGUUCAGUUGCUUAAAGAAGAUAGCGAUAGUGGGAAAUUAGGAGAGAAGCCAGAUAUCGUAACAAAUGAUGUUGCUUUACAUCGGCCAAUUGCACUAGCCGACACCAAUGGACCUAAUCAGAAGAACAGUGAAGUUCGUGAGGAAAUCAGUAGCCAUAAGGUCACAACAUGCAAUGAAGAAGCAUCGAUUAAGGUUUUGAGCCUUAGUACUGCUGAAAAACCAUAUCAAGCCCCUUAUGCUCGGGUGUCUUCUCUGGAAGAUCCGUGUAUGGGAAACACGGAAUACGGCAAGGCAAUCCCAACAUCCUACGAAUUUAAGACUGUCUGUCCAGAGAGUAUUAAAUUCCGUAUUUCUGAUACAGACAACCUCAAAAUAGAGAAGAUGCCCGAGACAGUGGACAAACAAUCUAAGGAAUCAACCAAAGGGUUUAGACGGCUAUUGAAAUUUGGUAGGAAAGGCAGUAGUUCAACUACAAGUGGUGUUAAUGAAGCUGAUAAUGGAAGUGUUAGUGAAUCUGAUGCAGAUGAUCAUGCAACACAUUCAGCUUCUUCCAUCGAAGUCUCUACACUGAAAAAUCUCAUUUCGCAAGAUGAAACACCUACUGCAGUCAACACUCCAAAAAAAUCUUCUCGUCAUUUCUCCUUGCUGUCUCCGUUCCGUAGCAAGAACAGUGAAAAGAAGGUUACGACAUAACAAGAUUGUGUUUGAAGGUGGGGAAGCAGUGUAUUCGUCUUCACAUCUGUAACAUCACUUGUGGGAUCUUACAUUUGUGUGAUUCGCUUCGACUGUUUUCUUAUCUGAAAUGGGUAUAUAGUUGGCCGGGUGUCUUUUCAUGUAAGUAUGUCUGGUCGUUUUUCAUGCGUGGGCAUCUUUCAUGCACUUUACGGAUCUGAAAAAUUUUACUACA